AUGGAGGAGGAGGCAGAGCGGAGGCGGCAGCCCCCAGUGAAGCCAGAGCCAGAGGAGGAGGUGCAGCAGGAGAAACCACACAGGGAGAGGGAGCACCGGGAGAGGGAGCACCACAGGGACAGGAGAGGAGGAGGUGGAGGAGGUGCAGACAGGCCUCCUCCCGAGCACCCUCAGUCCCAAUCAGACGAUGACGUGGAGGAUGGAGAGGAGCUUGACGAUCGUGAUGGGGAGGACUCGUCAGACGCCAGGACACACCCACACCUCAAGCCCACGCUGCGGCCAAUCACGUCGGCCCCCUCGGUGUCGUCGGGCAGCGUCGGCGCCACGCCCAACUCCCCUGGCAACGAGUCUCCAUGUGGCAUCAUCAUCCCUCAUGAGAACUCUCCAGAAGCCCAGCCCACAGAUGAACACCGGCCCAAGAUAGGCCUCAGCCUCAAACUGGGUGAGUUAGGACUACUCUGACUGGGUGAGUUAGGACUACUCUGACUGGUUGAGUUAGGACUACUCUGACUGGGUGAGUUAGGACUACUCUGACUGGGCGAGUUAGGACUACUCUGACUGGGUGAGUUAGGACUACUCUGACUGGGUGAGUUAGGACUACUCUGACUGGUUGAGUUAGGACUACUCUGACUGGUUGAGUUAGGACUACUCUGACUGGGUGAGUUAGGACUACUCUGACUGGGUGAGUUAGGACUACUCUGACUGGGUGAGUUAGGACUACUCUGACUGGGUGAGUUAGGACUACUCUGACUGGUUGAGUUAGGACUACUCUGACUGGUUGAGUUAGGACUACUCUGACUGGGCGAGUUAGGACUACUCUGACUGGUUGAGUUAGGACUACUCUGACUGGGUGAGUUAGGACUACUCUGACUGGGUGAGUUAGGACUACUCUGACUGGGUGAGUUGGGACUACUUUGACUGGGUGAGUUAGGACUACUCUGACUGGGUGAGUUAGGACUACUCUGACUGGGUGAGUUAGGACUACUGGGUGAGUUAGGACUACUCUGACUGGUUGAGUUAGGACUACUCUGACUGGGUGAGUUAGGACUACUGGGUGAGUUAGGACUACUCUGACUGGUUGAGUUAGGACUACUCUGACUGGGUGAGUUAGAACUACUCUGACUGGGCGAGUUAGGACUACUCUGACUGGGCGAGUUAGGACUACUCUGACUGGGUGAGUUAGGACUACUCUGACUGGGUGAGUUAGGACUACUCUGACUGGGUGAGUUAGGACUACUCUGACUGGGCGAGUUAGGACUACUCUGACUGGGUGAGUUAGGACUACUCUGACUGGGUGAGUUAGGACUACUGGGUGAGUUAGGACUACUCUGACUGGGUGAGUUAGGACUACUGGGUGAGUUAGGACUACUCUGACUGGUUGAGUUAGGACUACUCUGACUGGGUGAGUUAGGACUACUGGGUGAGUUAGGACUACUCUGACUGGUUGAGUUAGGACUACUCUGACUGGGUGAGUUAGAACUACUCUGACUGGGUGAGUUAGGACUACUCUGACUGGGUGAGUUAGGACUACUCUGACUGGGCGAGUUAGGACUACUCUGACUGGGUGAGUUAGGACUACUCUGACUGGGUGAGUUAGGACUACUCUGACUGGGUGAGUUAGGACUACUGGGUGAGUUAGGACUACUCUGACUGGGUGAGUUAGGACUACUGGGUGAGUUAGGACUACUCUGACUGGGUGAGUUAGGACUACUGGGUGAGUUAGGACUACUCUGACUGGUUGAGUUAGGACUACUGGGUGAGUUAGGACUACUGGGUGAGUUAGGACUACUGGGUGAGUUAGGACUACUCUGACUGGUUGAGUUAGGACUACUCUGACUGGUUGAGUUGGGACUACUUUGACUGGGUGAGUUAGGACUACUCUGACUGGGCGAGUUAGGACUACUCUGACUGGGUGAGUUAGGACUACUCUGACUGGUUGAGUUAGGACUACUGGGUGAGUUAGGACUACUGGGUGAGUUAGGACUACUCUGACUGGUUGAGUUAGGACUACUCUGACUGGGUGAGUUGGGACUACUUUGACUGGGUGAGUUAGGACUACUCUGACUGGGCGAGUUAGGACUACUCUGACUGGGUGAGUUAGGACUACUGGGUGAGUUAGGACUACUCUGACUGGUUGAGUUAGGACUACUCUGACUGGGUGAGUUAGGACUACUGGGUGAGUUAGGACUACUCUGACUGGUUGAGUUAGGACUACUCUGACUGGGUGAGUUAGAACUACUCUGACUGGGCGAGUUAGGACUACUCUGACUGGGUGAGUUAGGACUACUCUGACUGGGCGAGUUAGGACUACUCUGACUGGGUGAGUUAGGACUACUCUGACUGGGUGAGUUAGGACUACUGGGUGAGUUAGGACUACUCUGACUGGGUGAGUUAGGACUACUGGGUGAGUUAGGACUACUCUGACUGGUUGAGUUAGGACUACUCUGACUGGGUGAGUUAGGACUACUGGGUGAGUUAGGACUACUCUGACUGGGUGAGUUAGGACUACUCUGACUGGGUGAGUUAGGACUACUCUGACUGGGUGAGUUAGGACUACUCUGACUGGGUGAGUUAGGACUACUCUGACUGGGUGAGUUAGGACUACUCUGACUGGGUGAGUUAGGACUACUCUGACUGGGUGAGUUAGGACUACUGGGUGAGUUAGGACUACUCUGACUGGUUGAGUUAGGACUACUCUGACUGGGUGAGUUAGAACUACUCUGACUGGGUGAGUUAGAACUACUCUGACUGGGCGAGUUAGGACUACUCUGACUGGGUGAGUUAGGACUACUCUGACUGGGUGAGUUAGGACUACUCUGACUGGGUGAGUUAGGACUACUGGGUGAGUUAGGACUACUCUGACUGGGUGAGUUAGGACUACUGGGUGAGUUAGGACUACUCUGACUGGGUGAGUUAGGACUACUGGGUGAGUUAGGACUACUCUGACUGGUUGAGUUAGGACUACUGGUUGAGUUAGGACUACUGGGUGAGUUAGGACUACUCUGACUGGGUGAGUUAGGACUACUGGGUGAGUUAGGACUACUGGGUGAGUUAGGACUACUGGGUGAGUGGUGUUGUAUGUCUAUCUAUAUGCAGGGGUUAAAGUUCUCAGUCACUGUGACGGAUUUCCGUCAUGAUUGUUGUUGAUACACCGAUGUUCAGACGAAGGGAAUUUAUGCGUACCACCGGGCGCUCAACUCAACUCAACUCAAACCGGGCGCUCAACUUAGUCAGUGGUGUGUAACCUACAGUAGCUGCUGUCGAAGUCAUUCAUAGCCUCUACUCAGCAGGUUAGCAUGGGCGGGAGUUUCGUCUUUCCAUGGUGACAUCACCAUGCGGUAAGUUGGUUCAUAGACCAAUAACAAAGAGAGUUCCAAACCUCUCUGCCAAUAACAGCUAAAUUAUUUGAUAUUGAUAUAAAAACUGCUGCAUUGGGCAUUUAACAUCAUUUUAACCAAGAUGGAAAUUAUAUUUUAGAUGGUGUCGGCAUAAAUUUAUUUUUAUUCAUUUCGGGGUAGAAUGGCCUUUUCAAAAGUCACCAGAACAGAGCUUCUCAGUCCUACAUAUAAAUGAUCCCGGGGAGGACCCCGUAGCCCUUAAGCAAGGGGACUGGAAUUGGUCAAACUCGCAGUUUUAAUACAUGUACAAAAUGAUCCUCUUUCCCUAAAAGCAUGAUGGUCAUGGCUAUCUUACAUGAAAGGGGAGGUUAACUUGGCCCCAGACAAUCCAUCUGAGAUCGACUUAAGCUUCAGUCAUGUUUGCUUUAACCCCUCUACACAGUGCCUUCAGAAAGUAUUCAUACCCCUUGACUUAUUCCACAUUGUGUUGUUUUACAGGCUGAAUUCAAAAUGGAUUCAAUAUAUGUUUUUUGCCUGUGCUUAGCUCUAUUCCGUUUAUUUUUAUUCAAAGAAAACUCCACAGUCCUUGCCGAUGACAAGCAUACCCAUAACAUGAUGCAGCCACCACCAUGCUUAAAAAUACGAUUUUUUUGUUGCAAUUUUACUUUAGUGCCGUAUCGCAAACAGGAUGCAUGUUUUGGAAUAUUUUUUAUUCUGUACAGGCUUCCUUCUUUUCACUCACCAUCCAAAGUGUAAUUACACCAUCCAAAGUGUAAUUAAUAACUUCACCAUUCUUAAAGGGAUAUUCAAUUUUUGUUUUAAUUUUAAUUUUAAAGAAGGUGUCCUUUGCGAGGCACUGGAAAACCUCCCUGGUCUUUGUGGUUGAAUCUGUGUUUGAAAUUCACUGCUCGACUGAGGGACCUUACAGAUAAUUGUAUGUGUGGGGUACAGAGAUGAGGUAGUCAUUCAAAAAUCAUGUUAAACACUAUUAUUGCACACAGAGUGAGUCCAUGCAACUUAUUAUGUGACUUGUUAAGCACAUUUUUACUCCUGAACCUAUUUAGGCUUGCCAUGACAAAGGGGUUGAAUACUUAUUGACUCAAGACGUUUCAGCUUUUCAUUUUUUAUUAAUUUGUAAACAUUUCUAAAAACAUAAUUCCACUUUGACGUUAUGGGGUAUUGUGUGUAGGCCAGUGACAGAAAAUCUCAAUUGAAUUCAUUUCAAAUUCAGGCUGUAACACAACAAAAUGUGGAAAAAUUAUUGUUCCCUAUUUAAACCAUUGUUUCUCCUAUACAGGAAAGAGAGGAGCGAGCAGGCAACAAAAGAGAGAGGAGAGGAGGGAGACUAGCGAGGAGGAAAGGAAGAGAAACAUGGGGGUAGGAGGAGGCGCAGCACGCGAGAGAGAGGGGGGCGAGGACAGAGGACACGGGCGGGAGGAGGCGCGAGCCGGAGGCGAGGAAGAGCAGAGAGAGCGCGAGAGAGAGAGAGGCGAAGGGAGACGAGAAGAGAAGAGAGAGAGAGAGGAGAGAGGGGACGAGAGAGAGAAGGCGGAGCGGAGAGAGAGACAGCCAGAGAGCAAGGAGAGGAGAGAGAGGCAGAGAGAGAGCCGAGUCCGGGCGAGAGAGAGAGAGAGAGAGAAGAGCGAGGCGAGGGAGAGCGAGCGCGCGCGAAGAGAGAGAGCGAGAGGAGAGCGCGGCGCGGCGAGAGCGAGACGGGCGCGGAGCGGCGGGAGCGGCGGCGCGCGCGCGGCGCGGCGCGGGGAGAGGCGCGCGGCGGCGCGCGCGGCGGGCCGCGAGCGCGCCGGAGGCCGCGGGGAGAGAGCGAGCGAGGAGCGCGCGCGCGAGCGCGGAGGCGGGAGCGGGAGCGCGGCGCCGCGGAGGCCAGAAGAGAGAAGGCAAACGCGCGCCGCGCGCGCGCGAGCCAAGGGCGCGAGCGAGCGCGCGCGCGCCGCGCGCCGCGCGAGCGCGCCGCGCCGAGAGCAGGAAAGAAGACCCUCGGGAGCCGGCGCUCCGCCGGCCCGCGCGGCCGGCGCGCGCCGCCCGAGAGAAAAAAGGCCCGACGCGCCCGCGCGCUGCGGACCUGCUCGCGCCGCUCGCUCUGCGGCUACGAAAACAGGGGUCUGCGCUCUCGUGCUCGCUCUCCGUCCGAGCUCUCCGACGAAAACAUCGCUCUUCGCCUCUCUCUACUGCGCUCUCUCCUCUCUCUCUCUCUCUCCUUCCCUCUCUCUCUCUCCUUCCCUACUAUAAACCAUUGUUUCUCUCUCUCUCCUUCCCCAGGCGCCGGCGCCAGCCCCAACCACCAGAUCCACACUGGGAGUAAACGUAAGAAGCUGGCCAACGUCGACAGCGUCUUCAACAAGUUUGGAGAGGAGGAGGCCGACGAGGCUCCCCGUAAACGUAAGCUGGUUCCGCUGGACUACGGUGAGGAGGACAAGAGCCUGGGUCUGGACGGGGCGGAGGGAGAGCAGGGAGGACACAACACAGAGGAGAAACGGAAACACAUCAGGACUCUCAUCGAGAAGAUCCCUACGGCCAGACCUGAUCUGUUCAACUACCCUCUGGACUGGACCGCCGUGGACUCGGUAAGGAGGACGAGGAGGGGGCAGUGGAGGGGCCCCGUAGGACCUGGUCUUAUGGGUAGAUUACUGGGAUUUACAUCAACAUAAUGUACUUGAUUUAAAAGGGUCAGGCUGCUGUGGUUCCUAGCCUGGUCCCUGAUCUGUUUGUGUUAUCAAUUCAACUCCCAAUUGAUUUCCCCCCCCAUCCCCAUCACUAGUGGCAAGGAGUGGAAUGAUAGCACAAAACAGACUGGUACCCAGGCUAGAGCUCCUUUCCCUAGAUAUGGAGUAAACAACACAACAAUGUCUUUAUCUGCCUGUCAACAAACUUCCCAGUAGGAGAGAGGCAGCAAAACACGGGGGAAGGUAGUCAACCAGCUUCCCAGUAGGAGAGAGGCAGCAAAACACGGGGGAAGGUAGUCAACCAGCUUCCCAGUAGGAGAGAGGCAGCAAAACACGGGGGAAGGUAGAACUGCCACUGGCUAUGCUUUGGAAGUGUGGAUUUAUAUUCCAGACGUGGGACCACUAAGUCACGUCAUUUAUAUGUAAAUUAGAGUUCGGAGCAUAUGAAUGCAACAUUUUUUUUUUCUUCCUCUGUAAUUGUCCCGGAGAUUGUUGUCGGAGAUGUGCUAUCGCUUUAGGUUUUGCGCGCGCCGCGGCUGACCAUUUUAAUCGCACCGGUAGAGAAAAUUGUGUGUAGAUUUUGGGUUACUGCGUCUCUCCACUUUAAAGCACACCAAAGUCUGAAAACCUCGUUCUUCCCGUCUCAGACUCUGAUGGAGCGUCGCAUCAGGCCCUGGAUCAACAAGAAGAUCAUAGAGUACAUCGGAGAGGAGGAAGCUACGCUAGUCGACUUCGUUUGUUCAAAGGUGAGUUGGACUUGGUCGCUUCCGGAUAAGAGCAUUCCGCUAAAUGACUAAAAUGCUUACGACAACCUAAGACUUGUCAUAAGCGUGUGUGUUGUUUUCAGUCCCUUCUCAUUGGCCUUGGAGAUGAUGCUAGGAUGCUGUCAUUGUAUUGGGGACCGACCCAGUGUUUUAUUGCUGUGACGUGUAACGGUACAUCUCUGCAGUAGAGGCUGUUGUGGUUGUUGUGGUCUUUCACGGCGUGCUGUUUUACCAGCUUGUUGUGUUCUCUCUCCUCAGGUCAUGUCUCACGGCACACCGCAGGGGAUCUUGGAUGAUGUUGCUAUG